AAAACAUAAACAUUCCGCAACAGUUCUGUCAAACGCAACCGCAACAGCAACAACAACAAAUCUGCCAAAAUGUUCUCGUUCUGCUCGAAGCCAGCGGAAUCUUCGUCGUCGUAUCGCGGCCAACCGCACGGUACUUGCAAAGGAUGCAACUCUGCCAUUGGAAAACAAAUCAAAGGAGGCUAUCUGCUUCGAUAUAAAAAGCAAGUUUUGUGGAGUCGAUGGUCGGAGGAGUGGGUCGUCCUGUACGAUGACUCGACGAUGGCAUGGUUUACGGAACCGGGCCGCUCGUCCCCCGCCGGCAAGAUUCUCGUCAAGGAAGCGCCGGAAAUGCUCGCGAUAGCCCACUGGACGGGGCAGAUUCCGCGCCGGCCGCCGCUCCCAGACGGCGUCAGCGUGUCGCAGCUGAUUGCGCUCGGGUCACGGCGGAAACGCUCCAAGGUGUACUGGAUGAUCGCCAAGAGCGAGGAGGAAGUCAGCGACUGGAUAGCGGCCAUCACAAAAACGCUUCCACCACCGCCGCAGAUCGAGCUGGUCGUCGAUAAGCCACACCUAAUGGGCGUCUUGCGGAGGCCAAUCGUGCGGAUACGACCGGCCACCAGCUCGGAGGUGUCGGCCCGGCGAAAAAACCGCACCAGCAUCGAAAACAACACGACCAAGGUGCGGGGCGAGGCGGCGGUGGCCAUCAUCAAAAAGUCCACCCAGGAGAACUCGGAACCGAAGGGUUCGCUGGCCUGUGCGCUGCCCUGGGGCCACGGCUGGGGUUGGGCGACCCUGCCGAACGGCAUCUGGAGCGGCGCACUGACCUGGUCCCAGUGCGAGGACUCAAUCACGCUGCACGCACUGCCGACGACGCACUGCACCAACCUGAUCGAGGCGCCGUGCGCCGGUGGAAUCUACCACACCGAAAUCAGCGGGUUCGACCUGCACCACGGCAUCGAGGACGUCGGCGGCGAAGACUUUGACUACGCAAUGGACUGCGGCGAUUUCAUCUUCUAAAUACUCACACACACACACAUUAACAAUGACACAACACGAACACACUAAUACACUGACACAUAUCCACGGCGAAGUGCAAAUCGUGCAAAAUAAAACAGUGGACAAUUGUAACAAGAUGGCGGCCGGCGACCAUGGACGCAACAAAAAAAAUAUGAUAAAUUUUUUAAACAAUACUCACCUCACCAAAUCGGAACACGAAGCCUCACACACACACAUUCGAACGCCGCACCGAUUUUGUAUCGCGCACUCACUAACACACACUUCCACACUAUUGAGACAACACACAACUUGCAAACAUUUGGGUGAACGAAACGUCGCGCGUCGAUUGACAACUAGAUGUCACACCUUAGCAAGUUCUUAACCGAAAAUUCCACCGAUAAUCAAUUAGGAUGACCCAAAAAUUACAUAAGCAAUCAGUUUGACUAAAAACUGAUUCACUCGUAGAAAUCCCUCAAAAGCUCUGAAAUUUAAUAAACCAAUCCCCAUACACCUAGCGAAAAAUCAUAGUAAAAAUAAACAAACAAGCAUCAUCAAAACCAACAUCAAAUGUCUCAACCCGUACAAGAGAAUAGUGAGUUUUAUUCGGACAUCAGCUUCACCGUGUGUGUUAACAAACCCCGGCAUAAACAAACAUAGACGUAUUGUUAUGAAAUAAGCAGAUGAAAAAUACCAAAAUUUAAGGCGCACAUUUGUGAGUAUUUACUAAGUUGGAUAAAUGUUUUUUUAUAUACCCCAUAGCGAUUGAAAACAAAGGAAAACUAAUAAAAAGGUAAAUAAACAAUGAAUGUGGGUGUUGAUAAACAAAAGCAUACUAACGUAAACAAACAAGUGUCCCUCGUAGUGUGCGGUCAUAGCUUAGUGUGGGUAAUUGAACACAAGACAAAAAUUAUAAAUAUUUACCGACGGAAAAUGCACUCUGAAACAAAAACACCGAUCGACAUGUGUAAACAAACACACGGAAAAGAUCUAAUUUCUAGAGAUUUUUUUAUUCGUGACAAAUAUUGCAUUCCCGAGAAAGAGAGAUAAUUAAUAAAAAUAUUUUUACCGCGCAAAAAGAUACUAAAGAAGAGUAUUUAAAAACAAUGUUUGCAUCCAUUCGAGAGUUUAAAAAAAUCAAAAUUAGAAUUUAACACAAAAAUAUUAAUUUGUUCCCCAAUCACCUAUACCACCAUCUAUACCAUCUGUUUGUAAACCUUUUUCAUAGUAAGACACGUUGAUUGGCAAACUCUUUAUCGCGCUCUUUUCCUCUAAUACAUUCGAGAAAUUGAGCACAAAAAUCUCAACAUAGGAGAAAAAAUACUCAAAAACGAACAUCUUGCACCCUAGGGAAUAAAAAAAAACACUUACGCAAUGACGCAACAAAAUAUCUAAGUGACAACUAACAAACAAAAAAAGGAAAUUGAGGUAAAGCUUAAUUCUACAUUAAACACUAAAUCGACACGAAGUUGUUACGAGAUCGGAACGGCGUGGGAAAUAAUGCAAAAUAUUCGACGACGGAGCAAUCCAAACACAUAAAAAUAAUCUUAGAAAGUAGUGUUAAACAAUAAACGAAAAAAAAACAUAGAGACUGUACCUACCGAACAAACAAAAACAACGGGAUUAAAAUUAGUGCGGAUCCUUUUUAAGUCAAGUUUUCCAAGUAAAAAUUUCUUGAACUUGUUUCAGAUAUUUUAAUUUGUUGAUACUUUGUAGUUUUAAAUAUAUCUAAUGAAGAGGGAAAAUAGAAUCACUUCUCAAAAGGGAGAAUUGCAAAUGAGUGAGAAACAAAAGUUGAACCAAAUGUCGACAAACAAAUCAAGCCGAGAUAUGUGUAUGUUUUACAAACAAUUAACAAAAAUACAUAAACAAAACAACAAAAGACACUGCAAGUCAGCGGAAGAGUAAUCCCCCUUGUAGUAUCUUUAGUGUCCUCCACCAACUAGCGAAACAUUUGUGAAAUGUGCCAGCUGGAGAUCUAUUUAUAAUCUUUAAAAACUACGGGUAGGGCCUAGCAAUCGACCAUAACUGAUAAGUGACUUCCACCAAAGCCCCAACGCUUUCUCGCGGCCGCCGUUAGAUUUAACGCCGACUCGAUUUUGAGGCUAGAAGGAGUGUACUGUUUACAAGGACCAGACCGUGUAAACAAUGCACGCGAGCUGUCAAAUGACAUCCGGCGUAAAACCUAAUUGCUUAUCCUCUCGGAAGAGUGUCGAAAUUAAGAUGUUGAAAGCUAACCUAUACUGAAUGUGUAGCAGUGUUGAUCCCUUCAUCGAUGGCCCCUUCAUUUGACAUUUGAUAAGCGCCAUAAACAAAAUGGCACAAAACAAAGCAAAGCGUGUUUGUUUACUAACUGACUUCGCUUUGCAUUGAUUUGCGCUGUAAUGACAUUCCGAAAAAAAACCGUAAGUGUAAGUUUGCCAACCGUUAACUGAAAUAAACAACAAAACAAAGACGUUUUUUCAGUGCGAGCAACUGUGUUUGUAAACGAUAUUUAAACAAAAAUAGACAGUGUGAUGAAACAAACAAAAAAACAUAAACAAGUGUUAGCCAACCAUCAAUCAGCAGAAAGAAAUAUACAAUAGAAGUAACUGUUUUAGAAGAUUUCAAUAGCUGUUUAACAAAAAAUUAAACAAGAGGAAAAAUAAAUACUGCGAUGUAAACAAUUGGCGAGCGUAACGUUGGGAGAAUUUUUGCAUUUUCUGUGCGGCAAAAUCGCGGGACGAUUUUGACGCCACAAAAACAUUACUAGCAGACUAUUGAUAAUAAAGAAGAAAACCAUUUUGACAGCUAAACAUAAACAUCACUUCUAUCCUUUCUGGAGCCCCCAAUCCAAAACAAGACCAAUUUUGUAGUAUCCAAAAAUUUGCUGCUUCGGAAACGGAAUAUAAAAAACUGCUGAGCAGAGCCUUCAAAAGCAGCUUUUCACGAGAACAUUAACUACUUUUUGCACCAUUUUCACAACAAACCCGGUGAGAAAUGUCAAUUAAGCCGAACCCCCAUUUGCCCCGCAUUAUCUUCCCGGCCCUAAAAGUUUUCCAAAUUAUCCCCCUGCAUUCAGCAGAUGAAACAACUAAAAAUAACAAACCAAGAAUAUGCAAAAACAAAACCUGAAUGUGUUCAUUUCAUAAUCAGCACGUAAAACGGGCGAGCUGUCAUUCUCACACAUACAAAUUGUAAACAAUUGCCGAACCUCCUCCAAAGUCAAAACAAUAAUGCACCUCCACGUAAACAAGAUGACAAAACAAAACAAAAAACAACUUUUGUUUACCCCUCAUCAGUAACUGUUAAUCCCGGUUCAACCCAUUUGCCAAUACAACAACACAAAAGAAAGAGAUGUAAGCAACUCACUGUCACUGUUAGUAAUUUGAAGCUCAUGAAACGGGAAUGGGAUAGAAAACAAAACAUAAACAAGAAGAAAAAAUGCCGAGAAAAAUCAAUAAAUAAAGAAACAAUCAAGCCGAAGCGCUGGAGAGAGUGUUGAAGAUCAUGAAGCAAAAAUUUA